AUGUCUUCAUCUUUGUCGAGCAGCGCUCUUUUCUGCCGUCGUCGUGCCAGGAGGCAAUCGUCUUUCUCCUUAAAAGCGUCGACGUCGUACGAUUCAGACGAUGACAAUGAUGAGAGGAGAAGAAGGAAAAGGACGAGGAUGAAGUCCGCCGCUGCUGAUGGAAAUACUAAUCAUAAUAAUAACAACGAAAACAACAACAACAACAAGAACAACGAUGGAUUUAAAUCGGUGCAAGAUAUCGACGAUUACAUAAUCAACCCGAAAGAAAUCACCGAUUUAAUCGACUCGGACCCGUCCGUGUUGAAAGAAAUCGAAAAGUUGAAAGAGGAGAGCAAAAAAGUCGCCUCGGAAGCCAUCGAAAAGUUGAAAACGAGCAACGAGAACGAGUUGCGAGAGACGUUUCAGAAAACAACCGAGAGAGUCGUUUCCGCGCAAUCAGAGGCAGAAUCGGCGGCGAUGGACGAGUUGAAGAUUCAAGAGGAGAGGAUGCGAAAAGCGGAGGAAAAUUUACGCGCUAUCGCGGAAGAGACGAAGCGAUUGAGAGAGGAAGGAGAAGGAAAAGGGGGAGAAAACGAGGAAGAGAAGAGGGAAAGAAAAGAUCGCGAUCGGAUUGAAAGCGCGAAAGUUGGUACCGUAUCCGCCAUUGGUGGCGUCCUCUUAUCGUUGCCGUUAGCCUUGUCGCAAUUUAGCGGGAACGCGUUUAAUCAAUUCGCCGACGUAGGCGCGACGGCGCUCUCGUGCGCGCUCUUCGGCAUCGUGUAUAGAUACGCCGUUCGGGAAAACAUCGACGAUUUCCAACUGAAAGGCGGCGUCGUCGGUGCGUUUGGCUUAGUUCGAGGCGUCGGCCAAGCCGAGGUUUUCAUGGACGUCGCUUCGAAUAACGACGAGUUAUCUUUCGCGGCGUUUGCGCAAGCGGCGGCGAUUUGCGGCGAAUCCGUUUUGGUCUUCUUGUUCGCCGGUUUGUGCGUGGAAGCGGCGAUGACGCGCGAAUUCAUACUGAGAAAAAGCGGAAAAGAGUGA